UCAAGAGGAAAAUGUUUUGGGUAUCGAGGGCCUAACUGCAAAUUCGUCAAAAUUUGCAAGUUUAUACUUCUCUCUUUCUCUCUCUGGACUCUCGAUUACGUUUCGGAUCAGAAGUAGAAGAAUCACACCGACAUAGAGCUCCAAGCUCCAUCAAUGGCGUCCUCCACAGCCAAGGUCACCUUCCGAAUGCUAAUGCUGUUCCUAAUCAUUUUGGUCCUUUUCUACGUCGGUCGCCCCCUCUAUUGGAAAAUCUCCGCCACCAUCCACGAUAUCCGCCAGAACAAACAGACCGUCAAACAAGGUAUUUCGCAGAUCGUUAUGGAAGCUCAGAGAACGGUUGGUUGGUACCACGAUGAGUCGGAUUCGGGUGCCCGUGAAACUCGGAUCGGAAAGAAGAGCGGGUCAUCCACGACCCGGAAACUGUUGAGCUGAUCAAUGAUGAUGAGGUAUAGAUAAUAAUUCACCAUAAAUGUCUGUAAUUUUAGGGUAAUUUUUAGUCUAUAAAAGGAAAAAGCAAAGAAAUCAAUGCCAGUUUGCAAUAAAUUUAGUUCCUGGAGAAGCCCAAGAUAAAAUUAAAAAAAAAAACUUGGCUUUGUAUGAGUACUGUUAACAUUUUUUUUUUCUUUUACCAUAAAUGUAAUGUUAUGUAGAUUUGUUAGUGUUGCUAA